AUGAAUAAUAACUUCUUUAAUUCAGCAAUAACGCAAGCGGACCUGCAACGGCAGGUCGCUGCAAGGAGAUCGCAUUCUAGGUCUAUGAACAUGUCGCAGCCUCAACAACAACAGCAGCAACAACAACAACUACUACAACAACAACUACAACAACAACAGCAACAGCAACAGCAGCCAUCUCUACACCCUAAUAGUAAUUCGAUGAACAUGAACAAUGUGAUGGGCGGUAACUAUGGCAUGGACGAUCUCAAUUUGCAAAUUAAUCACGAGUUACAACGGCGGCAGGGUUACUCGCAAACCUUUUCGCCAGAUCACGAUCGCAGAUCUUCCACAUUUGAGGGUCUGAACGCCUUUGAAUUUGAAAGCCCAGCACCUGCUCAAGAAAUGCAACUCGUGCGGCGACGAUCGAUAGAUGAAUUGGGUAUGGGCAUAAAUUUCGGAGACAUGGGGGCCAAUAUGAAUAUGCAAAUGUCGCAGAUGGGGUAUCUAAACUCUGUGCAACCCAGUCCAAUGGCUAUGGACACAAAUGUAGGAUUUCCUGUAUAUACGAGUGAAAUGGUGCCUGAAAUGAUGAGUUACGCCUUGCCGAUGGAUGGUAUGUCUCGAGAUUCGUCCAUGGGCAUGUAUGGGAACAAUAGCUAUUCCCCCACAAUGUACCGGAACGAUCCUAUGGAUUCGGAAUUCAUGAUGGAUCAUGACGAGCUGAGAACGAUGUCUGGAAACAUGAAUGAUGAGAAUAACGAAGCGAUGCAAUCGAGAUCCAGUCUUGGUAGUAUCAUGGACCAACCAUCAAACAACACGGGCAGAUCUCAGAGCGCAAAUGAUUACAACUCUCCAACCGCCUCAAAUGUACCUGCGGGUGUUUUAAGUCGAACUUCAAGCACGACUAUAAUUCCUGCUAGCUUAUCAUCGAUACCCACCCCCACAGACACCCCUCCUACCGCCCUCAGCAGAAAAGAAGCUCAGGUCAAUAUAUAUUCUGGCUCUGGGUUUGACAUGCUUUCAAUAUUGAUGAGAGUGGCCACCAGGAAGAAUCCAGUCGUUGACAUAGGUGCCGUCGAUUUAUCGUGUGCAUUUGUUGUCUGCGAUCUUAGAGAGCCGGAUUGUCCUAUAGUAUAUGUGUCUGAAGUGUUCGAGAAUCUUACCGGGUAUUCAAGACAUGAAGUGUUGGGGAGAAAUUGUCGAUUCCUUCAAUCGCCUGAGGGUAAAAUCCAAGCAGGUGAACGUAGAGUAAACACCGAGAAUGCUAAGGUUUAUGAACUCAAGAAAGCCAUAGAUACAAGAACGGAAACUCAACAGGCCAUCAUCAACUAUCGGAAAGGUGGUCAGCCAUUUAUGAAUCUUCUAACGAUGAUUCCAGUUCCUGCAGAUGAUAAUGAUCCUACACUUUCUCUGGUGGUUGGAUUUCAGGUUGAUGUGGUGGCGACUCCCAAUAGUGUCAGUGACGCGGCUGGUGGGAAUUACACGAUGAAUUACAAGCAAGGCACAUUACCACGAUAUGUUUGGCAUCCGCCUCAACAACUCCCUACCUUAGCCGAUGCUGGUCAAACGAUUAGUCGUGAUGAUGUCAGCUCGGUAUUAGCCUCAUAUGACAACGGAAGCGAUCCAGAGCUUAACAAGAGAAUGUGGGAUAAGGUGCUUUUAGAAAAUGCCGAUGAUGUUAUUCAUGUUCUUUCUCUGAAAGGCUUAUUCCUCUACCUCUCACCAUCGUGUCGUCAAGUCUUGGAAUACGAUUCAUCUGAGUUAAUGGGAACAUCACUCUCAUCGGUGUGUCAUCCUAGUGAUAUAGUUCCUGUCACUCGAGAAUUGAAGGAAACAUCACAAGGGAAUCCUGUUAAUGUGGUAUAUCGCAUUCGUCGGAAGAACAGUGGCUAUACAUGGUUUGACAGUCAUGGCUCGUUAUGUGUAGAGCAAGGCAAAGGCCGAAAGUGCAUCAUUCUGGUCGGUAGAGUAAGACCGGUAUAUGCAUUGGCUCGGAGUAGCCUGACUCGAUCGGAAGGCUUUGGUGAGACUGAAAUAUUUUCGAAAUUAUCAACAUCGGGCAUGUUCCUGUUCGUUUCAUCACACGUUAAAUCGCUCUUAGAUCGAACGCCAGAGGAUCUUAUUGGUACAAGCUUCCAAGCAGUGAUGCGUUCUGGAUCCAAGGUUGAGUUCGGUCGGGCUCUUGAAAAGGCGAGAACGGGAAAGAUUGUUAGUCAUCGACAUGACAUUUCCAACAAACGUGGUGUUGUUUUGCAAGUUGAAACGACACUAUAUCCUGGCGAUGCAUCGGAGGGACAUAAACCUACAUUUCUUGUCGCCCAGACUCGAUUCCCUAAAACGUCUCCUCGACAUGUUGCUGCAGCCACUGGAGCUAAAGGUACUACCCUUCCCGGUAAAUCAAUGGUCGUGAGUCCCAAGAAUAAUUCAGAUACUCAUGGUCCAGAAGGAACACCCUCAAGUCAUCCUUCAAGUCUUUCUCCCUUGACUGAGUCCAUGACACCAGGCUCUGGUAAUACAGCUCCACCCAUUACACAACCAGGUGGCUGUGGACUUCCAAUUGGAUGUCAAGAUGAAGCCUUAGCAUCCGAGGAUAACAUAUUUGACGAACUAAAAACAACACGCUGUACAAGCUGGCAGUUUGAACUCCGACAAAUGGAAAGAACUAAUCGACUGCUCGCAGAAGAAUUGGCGACCCUUUUAUCUGCCCAAAAGAAACGAAAGAGAAGAAAGGGAGCCGGUAGCUCUCAACGAGAUUGUGUUAAUUGCCAUACUAAAAGUACUCCGGAAUGGAGAAGAGGACCGAGCGGAAAUCGAGAUUUAUGCAAUAGUUGCGGAUUGAGAUGGGCGAAAGAGCAAGGUCGCAUCCCUUCCCGCGCUUCUAAACGUAGCAAGAAUGGUGAUGAAUCGAGUAAAAAAUCCAAUUCCCCACUUCAAUCUAGUCCGGUGCCGAAUGAAUUGUCGCAAAAUCAGUCCAUAGCACCGAAACCAAUUAUCAGUCCUGAAAAUGGGGAUGCGACGAGCCAAACCGCGGGAUCGAGUAAAAUACUGAAGAGAUCGGUGUCGAGGGGGAGUGCGGGUAGUGCGGGUAGUGCGGGUAGUGCGGGGAGUAUGGAGAGUGCGGAGAUUUGGGGUGCUGGGGGCAGUGGUAAUAAUGGAAGUAAUGGACAAGAGAAUACGUCGUGGGGAAUGAUUAUUGAUGGAAUGUCUAUGAUGAGUGACACGGCGGUUCCGGUUCGAUUUGGGGGGAGAACGACGAUACAGAGUCAGCCGGCUCACGCGAGGAGUUUGGGGUUUAAUGAGGGCGGGCUUAGUGGGAUUACUAAUAUUGAGGAGGGACGGGAGGGGGGAGGGGGAAGGUGGGUUAGAAAUGGGAAUGGGAAUGGUUAUGGUUAUGGGUAUGGGUAUGUACAUGGGAAUGGAUAUGGAAAUGGGAAUGGGAAUGGGAAUGGGAUUGGGACUGGGGAGAUGGAUGAGGGUGGGGGUGGAGAAACAAUAUGA